AUGAAGGACGAAGGGGAAUUGAGAAUUACUUACGAAGAGAAGGAGCGGCUGCAAAAGGCAUUCAGGCAACACGAGUUCCGAGCGCUAUUUGAUGAUUACUUCGAUGAAGUUUCAGACGAAAAAUAUAAAAAGGAAAAGGAGGAGUAUCUUUACUCGUUAUACUUCAAUGGGGAGCUGAAGAAUAACCAGAUUAUCAUCGAGCCCACUGUAGCCUUUUGUGUGAAGACCAACAUUGUUUAUUCGAAUCAGACACAGCAGAAGAUGUUUUUCAAUAUUUGCUCACACGAGGGGAUGCACUGUAUGUCCUUUGAGGGGGGUGGGGGAGCCAAGUUGAGCAUUCCCUACUCCCUUUCGCAAAUGAGGCCAGACAAGACGGGAAAAGGAGCUUCGUGCCUUACCGUCGACUGCUGCACGAACCCCUCCACCAUAGACGCAGUGAGGGCGUACAACGAAAUUCUGAACUACCUUCUGGAAGACGUGUGCAUGAACAUUGAAAAAAAUAUACUAAAGGAUAAAGAGAAGAUAAGCCGAGACUUUAAAAUAUCCAACAGGAUGGUUUGUAAAGGAGGGAAGCCUUUUGUCCUGUGCAUUAACAAGGAGUUCUUAAGGCACUCGGUUGUGCUAGAGGUGCAGAAGAAGCUAGAGAUUAUGAGGAGUGAGUUUGAAAAGGCGCAUGACACCACGACGCCCUCGAAAUUGACGCAACUUACGUUAGGAAGUAAGGUGAAGACGGAGGUGCACGUGGGGAAGGACGGGGAAGCGGAUCUGCACGAAGCGGCAACGGAUGUUCAGACAGAGGAAAAGGAUAUGCAGGAAGCGGCAAGGGAUCUCCAGACAGAGGAAACGGAUCAGCAGGAAGCGGAAAAGGGUCGUCAGACAGAGGAAACGGGUAAGGAACGCACAAGGAAGACGCAAUUUUUUAUCACCUACCAAGGGUCCAUAAACGCAGCUUCCUUGUGGGGACAAAAACAACACCCCAAUGUGUUCAUAAGCUUACCAGAAAAAAUUAAAAUUUGUAUUUGCACUAAGGGGUUCGUAAGGAGUGAAAAUGUAGUGCUGCAUAUUGAGAAGAAAAGGGUCGAGGUGAAAUUUGUGAACUGCGAUGAGGAUGACGUGGUGGCUGAUCUGCCCUACCCAUGCAACGUGAAGGACUACUCCUGCGUCAUAAGAAGGGACAAGGAAACGGUUGAACUUUACCUCAACUUGUGCGAAGAGUUCGUUCAGACCUAUGCCAAGAGUUUGUAUGAGAGGUACUUUUGCAGCCAGGAGGCGGAGGUGCACGUGGCAGAGCUGGACUACAUCGACGACGUGCUGCGGGGUUACGAAUUGGAGGGCGCGCAGCGGAACGGAGUAAAUGCGGGCAAUGCGGUAAACGCGUCAAACGAAGCAGACACCCAGGUGACGUGCGGCGAGGAAGUGACCUCGUGCAAAAGCUGGGAAAGGGGGCAAACCAAUGCGGAGUUCCCAUCAGGGGAGGAAAAAACGAAGGAGCACACGAGCAGCGUAGAAGAAGAGAGCAUGCAUAAUGUCUUAUCCCCAAUUGAGGAAAAAGAAUUUUUGGACUUUUCCCAAGGUGGAGACAAUAUGAAAAGGGAACUCCCUCCUCCUCCUCCUGCUGCUGCUGCGUCCGAGUGUACAUGUGAGAAGGCAGAAAUGGAUGUGACGGAUGACACCACGCGAUUUUCUGAGGUAGGCAAAAAUGAUGAGGAAGGAAAACAGAAGGAACACAUUCAUUCCACGUUGGGAAGGAAAGAGGCCUCACUUGAGGAGGGGGAAAAUAUGUCCUCUGAUUAUGCCAGGAUAGAAUUCGUCCAUGAGGAUGCUGCGUUGAUAAAAAAUGGAGUGGAUCCCAAGACAGAGCAGUCAUCGACUAGAGCAGCAUGUAGACAUGUGGGAAGGAAAGCAAACAAACUGGUCGAGGAACGUGAAAAGGGUGAAAUGCUCACCAGCGAGGUGAACCCUAACGGAAGCCAGACUUUGCUGGACAUGCAAAUGUACGAGAGUAUGGACAUGGCGGGGUCCUUCUCGUGCGGGCUGUGGACGGCCUACUUGUAA